CUUGGGAGCUGUCAGGCUGGUGACCGAUGGUGAUGCUGGUGAGGGGGCAGAUAUAGCUAACACUUCGCCUUGUUUUGGAGGGGAUGAUGAACUUGUUUUUCUAGUACAGGAUGCCAAUCCCGCAUUGUACUGGAAGUUCUGCCGACAGCGUGCACACAGGCUCACAGAGGGACCCUGAGACGCUGCUUUCCAGCAGCUUGUGUGAAGGUCGGGGAGAUGACACAAGAGAACUCCAUUCUGCUUCACUCGCAGAGUUUACAGCUGCCCUUUCCUGACACCUGGAAGUAUGGGAUUUUGGCAUUAGCCAUCCUCCUGGGUUUGGUGGCUCUAACCAUUUUAACCUGCCAAAUGUGCCAGUGCCAGAAACUGAGAAAACUUGGGAGAAAGAAGAAAUACCUUAGUGAAGCCUGUAAGGACACAAAGGUGGAGAAUGGCAUCCUGGGGGAUAAACUGCGACCAGCUCUCCUUGACAUUGCUAAGCAGAGCCUUCCUGAUGUCAAGAUCCAGACGCUCCAGGAGGAACUGGACAAGCUGGGUACCUGCCUUUCCCGCUCCUGUACCAGCAGCAAGAACCUGGAGAGUGUGGGCAGCAACGCAGACUUCCUGGAGAGCUCCCGGGGCAGGCUGAGAUUCUCCCUCUUCUACCACAGGGAGCGACUUGAGCUGCUCUUGACGGUCAUUGCAGUGACAGGCCUGCCUAGCCGAGGGAGCGCUGACUCUGCUGUUCGGGUCCGGCUGCUGAGGCAGGUCCCAUCUCACAUCUCUGGCCUUCAGUGCAUGGUCCGUGAGUGGCAAACCCAGGUGGUGAAGAACUGCAGGAAACCUGCUUUUGGGGACCAGUUUGUCUGCUCCCUGCAGGAGGCCGAGCUGGAGAAGAGCACUGUGAAGCUGGAGGUUAAACAUUACAACAAGUAUUCCAGACACACCAUGCUGGGGGAAGUGAGGGUCACCCUCAGCAAACUAAAGGCCUCUCAACGUAUGGAGUUCUGCGAGGAGCUACAGAAGACUACAAAGGACCUUGUUGGAGAAGUCCUUGUGUCGCUGAAGUGUCUCCCCAUCUCUCAGAAGAUAGAAAUUGGGCUGCUCAAAGUCAAAACUGCCUCCGUGUGCAGCAGUCCAGAGAAGAAUGUGUAUGCGAGAAUAGACAUCUCCUGCAAUCUCCACAAACAGAAGCAUCAGAAAUCCAGCCCCAGGGCCCGAACCUCAGUCAUCAUCUUCAACGAGACUUUCCUCUUCCAUCUUGCUGAGCCUGUUGCUGGGGCCUGCACAGUCCUGGUCUCCGUUUAUGAAAUGAGCUCCAGGGCCAGAGGCAGCAGCAGGCAGCUCAUUGGACAGGCUGUCCUGGGGAAAAGGAGCCCCAGCGAAGCCAAUGACCACUGGGCCCUCAUGAUGCAGUCUGUCCAGCAGCCUGUGGCCAAGUGGCAUCCUCUGCUACUUUAGAAGGAGGAUUUUGCACCACUUCCAUGAUGUAGAAACUGGCCAGAUUUUCUCCAUGGCAUCAGUCCCAACAACGUUCAAAGUGGGUACCUUCCAGAGAUGGAUAAUAGCCUGAAGUUCCUGGUUAGAACAACACAAACUGAAGUAACUGCUAGUUGUGACAAAAGUUGCUGAUACAUUCAAUUCCCUCCCUUGCUGCUGCUGGGAGGGAGAGCGACUCUCCAUCCCUGCCAAGUCCAUUGUGAUCUGAUUAACAAUACUAUUGCCGCAGCACCGAGAGGCUGCAACUGAGACCAGGGUGGUCCCACUGCACUAGGUGCUAUGUACACACACACACACACACACACACACACACACACACACACACACACACACACACACACACACACACACACACACACACACACACACACACACACACACACAGAGAACAACUCUGCCCUGAUGCGUUUACAAUCUGAACAGACAAGGGAAGCAAUGGGUGGGAGGAAAGGAGUAUUAUCCCCAUUUGACAGAUGGGGAAUUGAGGCACAGAGAUUAAGUGACAUAUCCAAGGAUACAUAGGGACUCUGUGACAGAGCAGGAAUUUGAACCCAACAUCUCCUGAGUCCCAGUCCAGUUCCUCGAGCAUCCUUCCUCUCCUUCCCCUUUCUUUGCCUGAGAGAGUCCCAGAUGUGGCACUUUCCCAGUUUUGGGAUCUCUCACAUGGGAAGCACCUGGGCUUAUUUGAGUGAAGGUGCCCAGGCCUUGCUACCACUGCCUCCCUUCACUCACACGCACAUAGAGUGCCUUUGGGGAUGGAUGAAUACAAGACCUCGGCAUCCCAGGCUGUCAGUCAGGCACUUUCCUUCAGCAAUACCCCCAUGUUAAAAAACAAACAUGCUUUGUGUAAAUGCAGACCCCUCUCACCUGCUGAAGAGCAAUGAAACAGCCCAGACCUUGGAAACGAGAGCAGAGCCUGCUGAAGUAGGAGCUACCUGCACACUAUGGCCUUGCUGCCAUCUCAGGAAAGGUCUGGGCCCUGUGGCCACCACCACAGCUGGAGAAUUGCCAGCUGCUAAAUUUGGAUGAAUGGUUGUGGUCCAUCUCCAGCAAGUAAGUGUGUGUGUGUGUUCAGGGCUCUCCUGAAGUGGCUAGGAGGCAUGGUGGUGCAUCUAAAGCUCAUUAAUUCUUGUAAACUGUUUUCUUCCCAGGAUAUCACCAUUGCCCUGCACCGCAUGUUGUGGUGGACAGUGGCCACUGCUCUGAGACUUCAGGCUUCUGCUUUGUUUAGUCUCCCAGCAGACAGCACCCCCUGGUGGAGGCAUGGCAGCAUAACCUCACCUUGUAUGGCUGUCCCGUA